AUGAAGAAUGAAAUUAUCGGUCAAUGGCGUUUAGAAGCAGCCAAGCGAGCUUAUCUUCUUGCUAAUUUAUCAGAUCCGGAGACAAUCGAUGGAAAAGUUUCAUGUCGUUCUUGUGAUUAUUAUUUGGGUGAACUUUCAUGGAUAAGAAAACGAAAUAAUAAUUAUUUUGUUCAACAACAACAAUUUAUUGAAAGAAUUGAAAUUGAACGAUAUCCUACGGAACAAAUCAUCAAAGAAAUACAAUUAAAUGGAAAAAUUCGAUGUGGAAAUAAACAAUGUCGUGAAGAAUUAGGUGGAUUACAACUAUUUAGAGAUCGACCAGAUGUCAAAGAAAUGUGUGCACUUAAAUGUAAACAAUUGAAAUUUUCUUACAGAAAUAAAGAUGGAGAACCUCAAGUUUUUAUUUUCAAGAAAUGGACCGAUGUUAAAUUUAAAGUACUCGAUUUAGAACCAAUUAAUAUCGAUUAUACACUCAAUAAUCAACAAUAG